UGACAGCAACAUCGCAACCACUGGGCAGCUCAGUGUCUGACAACAUCAGGAACGAGCACAGACCUCUCCGUGUCCAACACCACAGGGACGCGCACAGACACCUCCAUGCCCGGCACCGACACAGGGUAGACUUUUGGGGAAAAAAACAACAACAUGGGAAACUAUCUUCUGAUCACUCUGUUGUUGGUUACUCUGGUUGAUGGUGUGUUUGGUGAUGAAAUGGUGACUGUGUCUGUGAAUGAGGGAGAAUCAGUCUUUCUAAACACUGGAGUUAUCAAACAAAACCGUGAUAAGAUGCUGUGGUAUUUCAACGACACACUCAUAGCUCUGAUCAACGGAGAUCCCAGUACGAGCUGCUUAUAUGAUGGAGAAGACGGGAGAUUCAGAGACAGAGUGGAGGUGGACCAUAAGACUGGAUCUCUGACCAUCACAGACAUCACAUCUGAACACGCUGGACGCUAUGAAGCAAAUUUCAUCCAAAGCAAGAGCUCAGGAACCAGCACAAGCUUGAACAGAAACAGCAAGUGUGACGGCACAAAAAUCACCAGGAAAAUGAGCAACAUCGGCGACACCAUAAAAACAUUCAUCGUUUCCGUCAGCCCUUCUCCUUCUGUUCGUGCCAAAAUCGAUGAGGAAUUGUACAAGGAAGAAAAUUGUGUCAGGAGUUCAGUUCUGAUGCCAGUUUAUGUAGGAGUAAUAUGUGCUGUUGCUGUUCUGAUGUCAGUAGCUGUAGCUGUUGGUGUGAUUUACUAUCGUCGCAGGAGGUCUACAAAUGAAGGGGAGAAAAACAAGCUUGAACAUUUGUUGAAAGUCUGAAUAUGAGGUUAACAGUAAUCUGUCAGCCGGGUCUCCUGAGCCAGAGCUUACAACAAAUACAGUACACACAUCAAACACAGAGUGAAAUGCAUAAUCUGGAGUAAAAAAUAUUAAUUUUAUAUUUUACCAACAAUCCAAACAGAAUGAGCAGUAGUGUAAAAAUAAAAUAAAUGGGAAAAAUUGAAUUUUAUGAACGUCAGAAACAUUUUAAACAACAAUACAGUCAAAAAAACUGAUAUGUUGACUUUAAUUAACUUUUUUUAUGUAAACAGGGUUACGUUUAACAAACAUAACUUGUUCAUGUAACUCCAACAAUGGAAUUAAGUAUUUUUAAGUGACCAAAUUGAACUCCUAGCUAAGUGGUAAAUUUAAGUGUUAAAGUAGCAGUGUUAAAGUUAAGGAGAUAAUGAAGUCAAUAAUUGAAGCAGAAUCACUGAAGAAGAAAACUUUAGAAAUUUUAGGUCACCAUUAUGGAGAUCAGUAUUUGUUUUAGUUGGGCUCUUAACUCUCACAUCAUUAACUUUAGAUUUUGUUUGGCUGCUGUAUUUGAGUUAUAUCAGCCAGAUAAUAAAAAAGGUGAUCUGAUGCUGAUGCUGUUUUAACAUUAUAAUUUUUCUGUAAUCAUUUGACCUGAACUUGUAAAGAAGAAAAUAUCUGAAAUAAGUUUACCUUAGGAAUUAUAACAUCACUGUCAUUGUAGAGCAUACUGAUAUUAGCCUUUUCAAUGAAAUCAAAAUGAUUAAAUCAAGAAAGAAAAAAAAUUUGUGUGCAGAAUCAGACAUACGAUUUUGAGUAUGAAUCUCAGCAAUGGUGACCAACAGAGCAACUGAACAAAAGCUCAUUAUUUAUUCAUGCAGCAAUGCAUGAUGGGAGCCAUGAAUGAGUUUUAAUGGUGGCGCCCAGAAUGCAUGGCAACAUGCUUCAUAUUUGUCACCAUUGUUGAGAUUCACAGGCUGAUUCUUUGAUGUUUUUUGAUAUCUGUGUAUGAUGUUCUUAAUGUCUAUUUAAACGAUUUUUUAAGAAUGUUUUUUUAUUGAUUUGAUCAUUUGGAUUUCAUUGAAAAGGGUAAACAAAUAUUUUCUACAAUGACAGUGCUGCUUUAAUCCAUAAGGUAAACUUAACUCAGAAAUAGGGUUCUAGUGAUUCAGGUCAAAUGAUUGUGAAAUAAUGAUUAUGUUAAAACACAACUAAGACCAUCAGAUCACCUUUUCUAUUUGUUCAUAUGGCUGUUAUAACUCAGAUACAGCAGCCUAACAAAAUAUAAUGUUAAUGAUUUGAGGGUCAAGAGCCCAAACUAAAAAGAACACGGAUUGCCAUAAUGGUGACUUUAAAUUCCAUAUAUUUUAUUUGAAUGUGUUGAAGUUAUAUGAACUAUAUAUUAAUUAUGUGCAACCUGUUGACAUAAAGUAAAUUUAUUGAACCUGUUGUUAAUUAAAGCCAACAUAUCAUUUUUUAGAGUGUGACCAAAAUUCAAGACCGAAAAAGCUCAGAACUACAUGACAAAAUAGUAAUCAGUAAAAAAAAAAAAAAAAUUGUAAAACAAAUAUUAAUAAUAAUGAAGAAAAAAAGUGAACCUAAUACCAUUGAAUGUUUGGGUUUGUCCAUAUUUGACACAUAUUUGAGUUGGGUAGUAUGCAGACGACACAGUAGAUCUAUCACCUAACACUACAGCCCCAUUGACUCCCUGUGCAAAUGCAUUGAUGAAGUAAAUAGUUGGAUGUGCCAAAACCUUCUUCAGUUAAACAAAGACAAAACUCAAGUCAUUGCAUUGCGAAACAAAGAUGAAGUUCUUAAGGUGAACGCAUAACUUGAGGUAUUGGAUCUAAAGAAAAAAAAAUCAAGUCAGGAAUCUUGGUGUUAAAUUUGGAGUAGGACCUUAGUUUCAGUAGUUAUACCGUAAUCUGGUGACGUUACUGGUAUUUUAGGUAAUAUAAUCGGACUACUUUUUAAUUACUAUACAUCUAUCUUAUUUAUAACAUUGAUUUUAAAAGUAUAAUCUUCUACUUGAAAGAAAAUGUAUGAAGUUAAAAAUGUAAUCUUAAAAACAGAUUAAAUUAAAACAAUCUAAACAAAAUUAAACAUUUUAUUUCUUUAUGCUUAACUCCUUUUUCUAUGUAAUUAGUCACCUGACUAGUAGCCGGUUUGAGUGUGCAAUUUCAUGAAACUGUUGAGAACAGAAAAUGUAAAAGAUAGAAAAGGAAAAUAAUGCAAAAUCAAUGAAUUCUGAAUAAUUCCCUGGCAUUUUGUGAAAAAUAAGUAAUCAUAGUAAAUAAAAGUUACCAUGUUCUGAUUAUGAGCAUCUAAAAAGUAUUAUUAUGUAAUUACACGUGCUUAAUUUAAAAAAAAUCUGAUUACACUGUAAAACACAUUUUUGUAAUUUUAACUGUAAUAUAUUGUAAAAUUGUAAAACAACAACCCUGCAUUUAAAUUGAAAAACUGUAAACGAUCAGACAUUUCAUGUAAUCUGUACAGUUAAAUUCAGUUAAAUGUACAGUUUUAGUAAAAAAAAGGAAAAUCAAAUUAUAAUUUACAGUGAAAAACUGUAAACUUGCAUUCCCAGAAUUUGCUUUGUGAAAUUGUCUUUUAAAGAAUUAUGGCUCUUUAUAGUUUUUGUUAUCGCUUAUGGUAACGGUUUUAUGUUAUGCCUUCUGUUGUUUAAUGAAUGUCAAUUGCAU